AUGGAGAGCCUCAGUGAGACCGAAUGGGAUGUGCUUAUUGCCGGCACCGGCCUUGAGCAGUCUCUUCUCGCUCUAGCUCUGUCUCGCUCUGGGAAGAAGGUACUGCACGUCGACAAGAAUGAUUUCUACGGAGGCUCCACGGCUGCUUUCAGCUUGCAGGAAGCCGAGGAAUGGGCGCAGAGGGUGAAUCAAGAUGAAGCCAAGUCGCCCUUCAAACAAGUCGCCGUCACGAAACCGGAUGCGGUUGAUGGUCCAAAGCUCUCUGCUUCACGCACCUACAGCCUGUCGCUGUCUCCGAAUUUGGUUUAUACUCGGUCCGCCAUACUCCCAACCUUGGUAUCGUCGAAAGUCUAUCGACAACUGGAGUUCUUGGCCGUGGGCAGUUGGUGGGUUUACUCACCAAAUGAUUCCUCACCUGAAACGGGCACCGGAGGCGGUGGGCAUUUGAAUAAAGUGCCCAGCGGACGCGAAGACAUCUUUGGUGAUGACAGCAUCGACUUCAAGGCCAAGCGCCUGUUGAUGAAGUUUUUGCGAUUUGUCGCCGACUACGAGAACCAGGAAGAGGUGUGGCAGGAAUACCGCUCGAGGUCGUUUUCCGACUUUCUUGAGGAAGUGUUCAAGGUUCCGCGCACUCUGCACGCGCCCUUGCUCGCUCUCACGCUCUCGCUCGACACGCCACAAAACACGACAACCGAGUUCGCGCUUCCCCGCGUAGCGAACCAUCUUCGGUCCAUCGGCGUAUUUGGUCCGGGAUUUGCUUGCGUCAUUCCGAAGUGGGGCGGGCUUGCAGAAAUUUCGCAAGUCGCUUGUCGCGCUCAGGCCGUCGGUGGUGGUAUUUAUGUCUUGGGUCAGGGCAUCACCACCAUCGACAAACCUGAAGACGAAACGCCUGAAAUCACGGCUCACCUGAAAGAGGGUGAUACCAUCAAGACGAAAUGGGUCGUCGGUACCGAUGAGGACUUGCCUUCGCAAGUCGAGGCGACCUCGGACGUUGCCUCGUACUCGAGGAGCAUCUCCAUUGUGGCUUCCAAGCUGGAGUCACUCUUCUCACCACUCGCUGAAGGAGCUCCCGCUCCUGCCGGCGCAGUGGUGUCAUUUCCUACCGGCAGUUUGACUGUCGAGGGUAGCGCUGAACACCCGCCAGUGUACGUUUUCGUGCAUACGAGCGACACUGGCGAGUGUCCAGCCGGUCAAUGCGUCCUCUACAGUACCACAUCCGUCUCCGGCGAGCUGGGCGUCGCGCUCCUCUCUGCCGCCGAGCACGCCCUACUGCACAGCGUGAACAUCAGCGGCAGUUCCUCAGCACCCCAUACCCUCUGGCGCAUGCACUACGAGCAGCACGCAGCGAAGACAGCCACCCCAGCCUCGCUCACGACGUCCAACGCGCGCAUCCUGGCCUUCCCGCCGCAGCACAUGGACCUCAAGUUCGAUGGCGCGGCUGCGCUCGACUUGGUAAAAGAUAUUUGGCAGCGCAUGGAGCCGGACGCGGAGAAGGACGGGUUCAUGAUGUUUGAGGACCGCGAGGCGGUGAGCGAGGAGGAGUAUCUGGACGAUGAGGCGUGAUGAUUGACGAGCUUUGUGCUUCGAUUGAUGGGGCGUGGCGUUGGCGGAGUUGGUGUAGAUUAGUGUGGAAUGAAUGGAUGCUUCAUG